GAACCUUAAAAAACCACAUGUUUAUCCAUUCUGGAGAGAGACCGUUCAAAUGCGGAAUGUGUUUAAAGGAUUUCUCUUCCAAACGUAACAUUAAAACACAUAUGAAUAUUCACACUGGUGUAAAACAAUUUGGAUGCGAUAUCUGUACAAAAUCCUUUGCUCUCAGUUGCAGGUUAAAGCGACAUUUGUUGAUUCAUACUGGUGAGAAACCUCUCAAAUGUCGCAUAUGCCCCAAAUGUUUUACAACAACUGCAGACUUGAAACACCAUUUUGCGAUUCAUUUUGGUGAAAAACCUUUCAAAUGUGAUAUGUGCAAAAAAUGUUUUACAGAAAGUUCCAAUUUGAAAACUCACAAAAUGCUUCAUACUGGUGAGAAACCUUUUAAAUGUGAUAUGUGCACCAAUUGUUUUACACAAAGUUCUAGUUUGAAAACUCACAAAAUGCUUCAUACUGGUGAGAAACCUUUUAAAUGUGAUAUGUGCACAUCAUGUUUUACACAUAUUAACAGUUUAAAAACUCAUAAAAUGCUUCAUACUGGUGAGAAACCUUUCAAAUGUGAUAUGUGCACAAAAUGUUUUACACAAAGUUCCAGUUUGAAAUAUCACAAAAUGCUUCAUACUGAUGAGAAAGCUUUUAAAUGUAAUGUGUGCAAAAAAUGUUUUACAGGCAAAAGAACCUUAAAAAACCACAUGUUUAUUCAUACUGGUGAGAAACCUUUCAAAUGUGAUAUGUGCACAAAAUGUUUUACACGAAGUUCCAGUUUGAAAUAUCACAAAAUGUUUCAUACUGGUGAGAAACCUUUUAAAUGUAUUGAAAGACGAGCGGCUCUUUCAAAACCGUUAAAUGAGACCACUGGGAUAUCCCUGUCUCUGUAA